GCACUGAGCCUGUUGCUGCACGCCUUCCGCCUCUUUCGUAAAAACAUCUGCCCCGCUGUCAGCUUCAGCUCAGACCACUCCCUCUCUCAGUCUGCACGGAAGACCAGUCUAGUCUUUACUUGUCACAGUGUUGCCGUUAGACGUUUCUUUUUCGGGACUAUGUGCGCUGCCGAGAAUGGCGGAGGCCUGCGCGCUUGACGAACUACAGUCGGAGCUCACCUGCCCGGUGUGUCUGGAGCUGUUCCGUGACCCGGUGAUCCUCGAGUGCGGACAUCACUUCUGCCAGGUUUGCAUCAUCCAGUGCUGGGAAGCCAAAGCGGACGAGCUGUCGAACUGCCCAAAGUGCAGAAAGUCGUGCGCCCGUAAACUUCGACCCAACUCGCUCCUGUGCAACGUCGUUGACAGUGUGCGUAGAGCCCGGACCAUGGACGCAGCCGUGGGGACAAUCGGGUAUGACCCGGAAAGUGGUACGCUGGAGGAACCGGAGGAACGGGAGCCCGGGUCCAGCAUGAGCAGUGUGGCCUCGUCCAUCGGGCACUGGCCGCGCCUCGGUUUGGAUAUGUGCGAGGAGCAUGAGGAGAAGCUGAAGCUUUACUGCGAGGACGACCAGCUGCCCAUCUGUCUGGUGUGCGGCAUGUCCCGGGACCACAAGACCCACAAUGUCAUACCCAUUAACGAGGCUUUUGAAAACUACAAGGACAAGCUGUCUGUCGCUCUGGAGAGGGUACAGCAGCAGACGGAGGAGGCCUCGCUCUUCCAAACACAGACCAAUGAAAAGAUCCUCCUCAUUAAGGAGCGAGCAGGAGAUCUGGAGGAGCUGGUCACUGCAGAGUUCAGCCGUCUGAGGGAGUUCCUUCUGGAGGAGGAGGAGCGCAUAAAGGAGAAACUGCAGAAACAGAAAGUGGAGAAGCUCAACCAGCUGGAGGAGGCACUCACUGAAGCCACGGAGCAAAUUAGCCAACUGGAAAGUACGGCUGAUCAGCUCCGCCUCAAACUGAGGGAAGAAGAAAACCCAGAGCAACUGAAAGGAAUUAAAGAUUUCAUUGGAGGGGCUGAGAGCUUGUUUGAGCGCCCUCCAGAGGUGGGUGUGGAUCUGCAGUCUGGAGAGUUCCUGGGACCUCUGCAGUACAGGACCUGGAGGAAAAUGAGCUCAAUUUUUCAGCCAGCUGUGACAGCAGUGUUCCUCGACCCGGACACAGCCUACCCCUGCCUCUGGGUGUCCCAGUGUUGUACCAGUGUCCAGGUGGGCAAAAUCCAGCCCAACCUGCCCAACAACCCAGAGCGUUUCACCCGCUACAACAUCGUUCUAGGCUCUGAAGCCUUCUCCUCAGGCAGACACUACUGGGAGGUGGAGGUGGGCUCCAAGACAGCGUGGGGUCUGGGUGUGGCCCUAGCCUCUGUCAACAGGAAGGAGGAGAUCAGCCUCUGCCCAGAUGAUGGUUUCUGGACAAUGGUGCUGAGGGACAACGGAAAUGGCACCAGUGAGUACGAAGCGUGCACCGACUCAGAGGAGAGCUUGUUAUAUCCCCCCAAACCCCCCAGGAGGGUGGGGGUCUUUCUAGACUAUGGUCGUGGUGAAGUAUCCUUUUAUGAUGCUGGAGACAUGAGUCACCUCUUCACCUUCUAUGACGCGAAUUUCAAAGAGCCUGUUUUCCCGUACUUCAACCCCUGGCCGAUUAUCAACGGAUACAACUGGGAGCCGCUCACCAUAGUAACACCACACUGGAGGUAGACGUCCCUUUUAUACUGACGCUUGCCAUCAGCUGGUUCAGAUUGAAAUCAGCAGCUAAUAACUGUGCAGCGGAACUCAGUUGGACUCUCUCAUGAGCCUUCACAGCAUUAACUGUUUGUCUUGAAAGUGUUUUCUAUAUAAAGUACAUGUUGAUGAUAAACAGGUAACCCUGUUACAUUCCUGUAAAGCUAGACAGAAGAUAAAACUACUUGAUCAAAGACAAACGACACUUUAAAGGACAUGGCUGAUGAUAUAUUGUAUUGUUCUUAUUGCCAAAAAUCCCAUGAAAAGACCAAAACCAACAAUUAACUGAUUCUGCCAACAAGUUUUGUCUGUUUAGCCAAAACCUGAUAAAUCUUAUUCCUCCAUUGUUGUCCUAAAACAAAAAAAACAAUUUAACAACAUACAGUUGUAGUGGGUGACAUGUUUUUUUGUUGCCACUAAUGCAGCACUUUAGUUUAUUCACAGUCUCACAUACACCGUCCAGCUGCUGUAAAUACUCACUAGUGCAUCAAAUGUGUAUUAAUCCGCGCCUGAAAGUAGUCCCAAACAAAGGCUCUAUUUCCUAUUAUUUGAAAAAUGUUACCUAAAACCUAGAGUGCCCAGCUGUUUGAGAAAAUUCCUCAAUCUUUUUAAAACAUUUGAUUAUUUGUGACCCGUUUUUAAAGACUUAAACCUUGAGUAGAAAUUAAUGGGUUUUUGGGCUGAGCGCCAAAUAAGUAUUGAGAGACGAACAUGUUGUUGGUUUUGGUCUUUUCAUGGGAUGUGUUAACAAUAAGAAAAACAUUGAUUGACACCAGUUCCAAGAUUUUGUAUUAGUUCUGAAUUCACUGGAAAAGGAGUAAGGCACAUUGCUUACUAGAAAUGUAAAAAAAACAAAACAACAACUUCAUUUGGAGAGUUGGAGCAGAAACACCUUUGGAUUUUAUUAAUUUUAUUGCAAUAUCUUACAAUGUGUUUUGUAACAACAUCUAACAAUAUAACAACAUUAUGUAUUUUUCACUGUUUUUGUAUGUCCUACCCUGGUAUUCUAAUGAUAUGUUCGUCUAAAACAGAGACAUGUAUGGUAGAUUUACAGGUGCAGUGUGUGGGAUUUAGUGGCAUCUAGUGGUGAGGUUUUUCAACAAACUGAAUAACACCCACACUAACCCCCCCUGCCCUACCCCUCUUCCAAGCAUGUAGAAGGCCCUCUCUAGAGCCAGUGUUUGGUUUGUCUGUUCUGGGGUACUGUAA